UCGAAGGGAAAAGGGUGGCUGGAAAGGCGCAUGGAAAAUCGCACGAUGCAACCCUUGCUGCAAGGCAGUGGUUAUAUUGAAACAUAUAAUUUACCGAACAUGCAGUAAAUGCAGAUUAUUUUGUAUUUUGUAUUUUUACAGACAUUCUCAAAUGUUAUGUUGACGAGGGGUGUUAUCCUGAUUUGUUUUGCACUUUUAAUCAGUUCAAAAUCGCAUUGAUCGCCUUGCAACCUCAAACGCAAUUUGGGACCCUAAAGUUCUCUGAAACGCAUGAAGCCCACCCUGCUUUACGCAUUUGACUGUUUAUCUGCCGAAGAGAUUUGUAGGCUACUUUGUGUCGUCGCAAGGCGAGGUCUAUAAGCUUCCAUCAUUAAUUCCUAAAGAAUCAUGUCAUCUCAUACGAGAGUCAAGAAGGACAAGGAGAUUAUUGGGGAUUACGAGACUCAAGUGAAAGAGAUCCGUAACCAAUUGGUGGAGCAGUUCCGUUGUCUUGAGCAGCAGUCGGAAUCCCGGCUACAGCUGCUGCAAGACCUGCAGGACUUCUUCCGCCGCAAGGCCGAGCUGCAGCUGGAGUACUCUAGAGGCCUGGACAAACUGGCCGAGCGCUUCUCCGCCAAGAUACGUUCCUCCAGGGAACACCAGCACUUUAAGAAGGACCAGAACCUGCUGUCAACAGUAAACUGCUGGUACCUGGUUCUGAACCAGACGAGGAGAGAGAGCAGAGACCAUGCUACCCUCAGCGACCUCUACAACAAUAACGUCAUUGUCCGCCUGGCACACGUCGGAGAGGAUGUCAUCAGACUCUUCAAGAAGAGCAAAGAAAUCGGGGUGCAGAUGCACGAGGAGUUAGUGAAAGUCACAAACGAGCUAUACACUGUGAUGAAGACAUACCACAUGUACCACACAGAGAGCAUCAGCGCAGAGAGCAAGUUGAAGGAGGUGGAGAAACAGGGAGAAAAGCAGAUCGGCAAGGCCAAUGAUGUCAGCACCAGCCUCCUGCGCCAUGACGACCGCCAACAGCGACACAGCUCCGUCAAGAAGAUAGAGAAGAUGAAGGAAAAGAGACAAGCCAAGUACUCUGAAAACAAGCUGAAGUGCACUAAAGCGCGGAACGACUAUUUGUUGAACCUGGUGGCGACCAAUGCUCUGGUGGCCAAAUAUUACAUCCACGAUGUCUCUGACAUGAUAGACUGCUGUGACCUGGGCUACCAUGCCAGCCUGGCACGGACCCUGAGGACCUACCUGUCUGCAGAGUACAGCCUGGAGACGUCCCGCCACGAGGGGCUUGACCAGCUGGAGGGGGCCGUGGAUGCCAUGGAUGUCAGGGGGGACAAACACAGGGUCAUGGAUAUGCACAGCCAGAUCUUCUGCCCGCCCGCCCGCUUCGACUACCAGCCACACAUGGGCGAUGAGGUGUGUCAGUUGAGUGCCCAGCAGCCGGUACAGAUAGAGCUUCUGAUGCGUCACCACCAGCUCCAGUCCCGCCUGGCCACGCUCAAGAUCGAGAACGAGGAGGUGAGGAAGACUCUGGAUGCCACCAUGCAGACGCUGCAGGACAUGCUGACAGUGGAGGACUUUGAUGUGUCUGAGGCUUUCCAACACAGCCAGUCCACUGAGUCGGUCAAGUCUGCCUCGUCUGACUCCUACAUGAGCAAAGUCAACGUUGCUAAGAGACGAGCCAAUCAGCAGGAGACCGAGGGUUUCUACUUCACUAAAUUCAAAGAGUACCUGAAUGGCAGCAACCUUAUAGUGAAACUACAGGCCAAGUAUGACCUACUGAAGCAGACUCUGGGAGAAGGGGAAAGGGCUGAAUAUGGAACGACACGCCCCCCCACUCUUCCCCCUAAACCCAGGAGAAUGCGGAAGCCUAGACCUUGCUCUGUUUUUAAUCAUAAACUCUUUAACGGCAAUAUGGAGACCUUCAUCAAGGACUCAGGGCAGGCUAUACCAGUGGUGGUUGAGAGCUGUGUCCGCUACAUCAAUCUAUACGGCCUUCAGCAGCAAGGCAUAUUCAGGAUUCCCGGCUCCCAGGUCGAAGUCAACGAUAUAAAAAAUUCAUUUGAGAGAGGUGAGGACCCAUUGGUGGACGACCAGAGUGACCAUGACAUCAUGGCGGUGGCAGGGGUUCUGAAGCUGUACUUCAGGGGGCUAGAGAACCCACUGUUCCCCAAGGAACACUUCCUCGACCUCAUGUCUACCAUCAAACUAGACUCUGGUGCAGAGAGAGCUCAUCACCUUCAGCAGAUCGUUGUAACUCUUUCUCACCCCGUCAUCAUCGUCAUGAGAUAUCUGUUUGCAUUCCUCAACCAUCUAUCCCAGUACAGUGAUGAGAACAUGAUGGAUCCCUAUAACUUGGCUACCUGCUUCGGCCCGACUCUGAUGCCCAUACCUGAUGGUCACGAUCCUGUGGCCUGCCAGACGCACGUUAAUGAGGUCAUCAAGACCAUCAUCAUCCACAACGAGGUCAUCUUCCCGAGCCACCGUGAGCUGGACGGACCGGUCUAUGAGAAGUGCAUGGCUGGAGGAGAGGAGUACUGUGACAGUCCCCAGAGUGGUCCAGGUGCCAUUGAUGAAGUGGACAACGGUACAGGACCUCACACCAGUGAUGAUGAACUGGAGCAGAUCGAGGCCAUCGCUAAGUUUGACUACGUGGGGCGUACUUCCAGAGAGCUGUCCUUUAAGAAGGGGGCAUCACUGCUGCUGUACCUGAGAGCCUCUGAUGACUGGUGGGAGGGACGACACAAUGGAGUGGACGGACUCAUCCCACAUCAGUACAUCGUGGUGCAGGACAUGGAUGAUGCGUUCUCAGACAGUCUGAGUUGGAAGGCUGAGAGUGAGGCCAGUAGUCGACCCCACCAGGAGGACAGAGACAGAACCUCAUCCAGGAACCGUGACCGCAGCGCCCCUUGCGAACACACACAACAUACCCCUGAACACCGCUAUGGAGAUGCUCUUGGAAGGUUGAGGGUUCAUUCAGACGGUACUGUUAUCCCUUGCCGCAGGAGCACCGCCAACACCCACAGCCCCACCCGAGGUAUGGACACACUCCCUAAGGUCAUGCCCCGCCCCUGCAGCCCUCACAAGAUGGCUGUCAGCAGGGGCCGCAUGGACAGUCCAGAGAAACGCCAUCUCAGCACGUUCAGCAGCACAGGAAGUAUCAACCAUCCAGACAGAAAGUGCUUCCAUGAUGGCCCCGCCCUCAGACCCUCCCCCGGCUCCACCCGCCACGGUAGCCUUGGCGACCAGAAAUCACUGGCAGAGGACAUAGAGAAGACCAUGAACACAGCCCUGAACGAGCUGUCUGAGCUGGAGCGGCAGAACGUGGCCAAGCAUACCCCCGACGUGGUCCUGGACACCUUGGAGCCCCUGAAGCAGCAGCACCCCUCCUCCUCUGAGCCCCCUGGCAGCCCCCUCCACACCAACACCAUGGUCAUCCGGGACCCUGACGCCGCCCUGCGCCGUAGCAGCAGUUCCUCGUCCUCCGAGACCAUGAGCACCUUCAAACCGCCCCUGACAGCACGGAGGCCCAGCGCCCCUCUCAGGUCGCCUCCGGUCAGACCGCUCCGGCCUGCUCCCAUCCACUCGGGACAUGGCCAGGGACAGGGGCAUGGCCAGGGACAGGGGCAUGGACAGGGACAGGGGCAUGGACAGGGACAGGGGCAUGGACAGGGACAGGGGCAUGGACAGGGGGGACAGGGGCAGCACAGGUCUAGUAGUUCCAGCUCCUCAGGCCUGGGUAGUCCAGCCUCUAUCACCCCCACAGACAGGGUGUUCCCCAAGACUCCGUCCCUGUCCCCCUCCACUUCCUCCUCGUCCUCAGACAAACAGGGUCACAUGUAGCCUGGCUGAGCAGGCUGCUGCAGUCACAGAAAGAGCCCAGGAACUAUAGAAACGACUGACUGAGCAGGCUGCAGCACACAGCCACAGGUCAGGAUAGGCAUACAUUAAUAACAACUGAGUAGGCUGCAGCCAUAUCCCAGUACAGGAGCUAUAGUAGGAACUGACUGGACAGGGCACAAUCUGUUCACAGCCACAGCCCAAGAGAUACAGUACAGAAGGAAGUGACUCGGCAGAGCACUGACUGACUGCUCAUAAUCAGCAUCUUCUUAAUUUCCUUCUGGCUGUGACAACAGACACAUUGAGACCUUGUCUCUAUGGGAACAAUAUUGACCACUAACUAGUAGGAGGUUGGAUUCAACAUGUAGGAUGAUGGCUGAUUGAUUGGUUUUAUUGACAGCUGAACGUCCACCAGGAUUGACUGUCUGCUUGUCGGUGGAGAUUAUGAAUCACUCAGAAGAAACAUGAACCCUACUAUGACAAUCAUUAUAAAGGAUGUUUCUACUCUCCCAAUGUGCCACAGAACAAACCUGAUCAAAGGGAUGCACUGGAUAACUCUUUGUUUUCUGUUGUAGCCAUAUAUAUAUAUAUAUGAUUGUAGCCUGCUAGUUUGUCUGAAUAACAAACCAUCUCAAAUGGAAGUUUGGUGUAUUUGAGCUGGGAGUCUAAGACUAGCGCCUUCUUCGUCUGCAGAUAGGAAGUCUCUCUCUCUCUCUCUCUCUCUCUCUCUCUCUCUCUCUCUCUCUCUCUCUCUCUC